AUGGAGCACAGCCACAUCUUCCCUGUUUUUCCCCCAAACGGGAGCACCUGGAGCGCGGGGCAGAAUCCCUCCGAGGUUGCCCAGGGAUGCCCCCUCGGACCACUGCCUGUCAUCUACUACAGCAUUCUGCUCUGUCUCGGCCUGCCCGCGAACAUCCUGACGGUGGUUAUCCUGUCCCAGCUGGUGCUGCGUCGUCAGAAGUCCUCCUACAAUUACCUCCUGGCUCUGGCGGCCGCCGACAUCCUCGUUCUGCUCCUCAUUGUUUUUGUCGACUUCAUAUUGGAGGAUUUUAUCCUGGCCGCGCCGCUGCCUCCGUCAUUAAACAGCGCAGUGCAGGUCCUGGAGUUCUCCUCCAUCCACACCUCCAUCUGGAUCACCGUGCCGCUCACCAUCGACCGCUACAUCGCCGUUUGCCACCCGCUUCGCUACCACACGGUGUCCUACCCGGCGCGCACACGCAGGGUGAUAUUCGCCGUGUACGUCGGCUGCCUGCUGUCGGCGACUCCGUACUACUGGUGGCCUGAGCUGUGGCACAGCCUGCCCGGGGUCGGCGGCGGCGGCGGCGGCGGCGGCGGCGGAGGGGAAAGCAGCAGAAGAACGGUGGCCCAGCAUGUCCUGGUGUGGGCCCACUGCACCACCGUCUACCUCCUGCCCUGCACCGUCUUCUUCUCCCUCAACGCCGUCAUCGUGCGAAAGCUGCGCAGGCGCCGCAGCUGUUUCCGUCUGCGCGGCUACUCCACCGGCAAGACCACCGCCAUCCUCCUCGCCAUCACCUCCAUCUUUGCAGUUCUGUGGGCGCCGCGCACCCUCAUGAUCCUCUACCACUUCUACUCGCCUCCUCCGGCCUCGCAAACCGCCGGCCGCCUGCUCCACAUGCUCACCGAUCUGGCCAACAUGCUCGCGCUGCUCAACACCGGCGUCAACUUCUUCCUCUACUGCUUCAUCAGCAAGCGUUUCCGGGGCAUGGCGGCCAACGUGCUGCGGGCGCUGAUCCACUGCCGGAAGCAGCCGCCGCCGUUCUACGCCAGCCACAACUUCUCCAUCACGAGCAGUCCCUGGAUCUCGCCAGCCAACUCCCACUGCAUCAAGAUGUUGGUGUACCAGUACGACAAAAACGGGAAGCCCAUCUGCAUUUCCUCCUGA